UUGCUAUAGGAACCAGGUUCCAGGCAAACGGCAGCACACCCGUUUCUCAGACCAGAGGCUUCAGACUGCAUAUGCAGGGAGCAGCCCCACCCUGGUCUGUCUAGUUUUGAGGAUGCAGUCUAUAAAGGCCUUUAGUAGCACACAAAUUGACUGAGCAGUAUUAUACCCUUGUUUACUUGAUAUUGCCCUCAAAAGACUGCCUGGCUGGCAUAAAUGGACCAACAUGUAACACCACAUUGACAGAUCUGAACAGCAAACUCACAUCCCAACCCAAAUGACAUCUUUAAAGCCAGGAUCUUGCAAGAACAAUGUGAGUAAGGCAUGUCUUCAAAGCCUUUGAAUUCCGUGACAGAUUGUCAGAAGCAACGAUGAAAGAUCAAGAGAGUAUCCAGUCACACUACUGCUCAUACACAACCUAAAAGAAUAAAUGAUCCAUGCAGGACAGACCAUCUUCCCUGGGAAAUUAUCAAUGCCUCCUUGUUCUGGAAUCUCUACAGUAGCAUCACCAAACAUAGAGAAAACUCUUUCCAUUCCUUUGAAUCUGAGAAUUUGCCUUCACCAUCCAACUCACUAGCACUGUCCUCUUUGGCACCUGUGACAAUUGCAGCAAUUCUCCGGAAACGAAAAUUAGACUAUUAUUUACACAAACUGCUCCCUGAGAUCCUACAAUCUGCUGCAUUUCUGACUGCUAAUGGGGCCUUGUUUAUGGCUUUCUUUUGCAUUUUAAGGAAGAUACUUGGAAAAUUCUACUCAUGGAGUCCCGGCUUUGGUGCCGCUUUGCCAGCAUCUUAUGUGGCCAUUCUAAUUGAAAGAAAAAGCAGGAGAGGGCUGCUCACAAUUUAUAUGGCCAACUUGGUCCUUUUGUUCUGCAUCACAGCUGCCAUGUACAUGUUCUUUUUCAGGUGCAAAGAUGGUUUGAAAGGAUUUACGUUCUCUGCACUUAGGUUCAUUGUAGGGAAGGAAGAAAUUCCCACACAUUCUUAUUCACCAGAGGCAGCAUAUGCAAAAGUGGAACAAAAGACAGAGAAACAUGAGGAAAAACCAAGAAGAAUGAAUAUAAUCGCUCUAGUCAGGAAGCUUGUGGAUUCAGUAUGUAAGCAUGGACCAAGGCAUAGAUGUUGCAAACACUAUGAGGAUAACUGCAUCUCUUACUGCAUUAAAGGCUUCAUCAGAAUGUUCAGCGUGGGAUACCUGAUCCAGUGCUGCCUCCGCAUCCCCUCCGCGUUCAGGCACCUGUUCACACAGCCAUCCCGGCUGCUCUCUCUCUUCUACAAUAAAGAAAACUUCCAGCUUGGAGCUUUUCUGGGCUCUUUCGUUAGUAUAUACAAGGGUACGAGUUGCUUCCUGCGCUGGGUCAGAAACCUGGAUGAUGAGCUGCAUGCUAUAAUAGCCGGAUUUUUGGCAGGAAUAUCAAUGAUGUUUUAUAAAAGCACAACAAUUUCCAUGUAUUUAGCUUCCAAAUUGGUGGAGACAAUGUAUUUCAAAGGCAUUGAAGCAGGAAAGGUUCCCUAUUUUCCCCAUGCAGACACUAUCAUCUAUACCAUCUCCACGGCAAUUUGCUUCCAGGCAGCUAUCAUGGAAGUUCAGAACUUGCGACCGUCUUACUGGAAGUUCCUUUUAAGGCUCACCAAGGGCAGAUUUGCUGUCAUGAACCGGAAAGCCCUUGAUGUUUUUGGUACUAGUGCAUCUAAACACUUUCAGGACUUCACCCCUAGGUUGGAUCCACGAUACACAAUUGUACCACCAGAGUCGCCCAUCGAAUUUUCUUGAAGAUGACUGUAACUUGUUAAUGUGACUUAAUGUUUCAUUAUUUUGUCCUGGAGAGUUAAUUAUGUUGAAUGCAAAGAAGGGGGCCCGAGCUUGAACUUCAGUGUUAUUUUAAUGAGAGAUGCUCUUUUUUUGUUUGUUCUUCUUACCGAUCAGAAAUACAGAAGCUUUUUAGGAAGAUGUUGCUUAAUAAUUAAGCUCUCUCUAUAGCCAGAAUCUCAUUCUGGAUCACUGCAGUGGUUGACGUUAUGAUAUAUUAUCGAUUAAAUUAUGUCCACAAGCAAUACUGAAUAAUCUAUGUAAAAUGUAGUAACAAAUAAGAGUAUACUUAAAAUUACUUUAAAAGCUGUUUUAGUUCAUUCCAAUAUAAUUCUUGGUUAAAACUAAGAAUAUGUCUACAUUUUUAGGAUACAAAGGAUCACGGGUACAUGGAUUUAGUCUGUAUGUUUUUUUUUCCUCUAACUUUUGAAUUGGUAAGUAUAGCGGUGAGAUGUUAUGGAUGUGGAGUAACUCUUUUUACAGAUGAUGCUGCUUUAGUAUAGAGCAACUUACUCGGAGAAAGUGGCCAUUCUUACUUCAGGGACGCAGAGACGGGCCUCAUACUGUCGGGUGAGUGCCGUGGUGUCCAUGCUCGUCUUCCGCCGCCACCUCCCUCUCUCUCUCCGCCGUCAGCUGGGCUCUUGGACAGCCCGGGGAACCUGAGUGCUAGGGGCAGGUUAGGAGCAGACGGGGAUGGGCAUAUCUGAUAAAGCUGAAACGUUUUAAUCGUUUAUAGAAGCAUUACACUUGAAUAUUUAAGAGCAAAUGAAGUUCCUUUUAAACCUCCCGUAGGUUUCUUAUGUUUGUUUUCAUUUAUAAGGACUGACUUCUUCAUAGGUAAAUUGUUGACUCAGAAGGGAUCAAAUCCUAUGGAACAAAGUAUUUUGGGCAAGUUUGGCAGUUUGUUCCUCAGCUCUUUCACCUGUAUCAUGGUAGAAGUCCAGUGGCUGUUAAAAAGUCCAUUUCGUCACUAAUUGGACACAGGUUCUGUAGCCUCUUUUCAAAAAAGUGUUGUCUCUAUUUUUAUUCCUGUUAAAGAAGUGAUGAAAUGUAGUCACUGCUGCUUAUAAGUUAGUUCAGGACAGCUUUGGUUGAAGUAUGAUCAUGCUUCAGGGUUUUUCAGGGAAAAGUUGCUCUUUUCUAAAUGAAUACAGGGCUUAAGUGGUUGUGAUGUCUCCAGGUAAUGUAACAUACAGGGAUAAUGGUAUGUUAUCAAUACAAUUUCGUUGCUGAAAAGUUUUAGACUAUUGUAAAUUAUUCAGUAGAACUUCUGUUGCAACAAGAACUAUAACCUAGAGUUUUAAGACGCUUAACCCUCCAUAUUCAGUUUCAUCACGCCUUGCCUACUUCUGUGUACAUGUAAUCCUAACCUUUGCUGUUAUGGCAGAUUGAAACCCGACAAAAAGACUGGUACUAUGGUAACAGAGAGCCACUUUAGUUUAAUCAAACUUGUGCAUUGUCAUUGCCUUUUUAAGGUUGACUUGUCUACUAUUUUGGCUUCAGACUCCCAAAUUGAUUAAUAAAUUACGUUUUAAGUUUUUAUUCACUGGAAUCACAAUGAUGACUGGUACUGUGUUUACUUUUAAAAAUGAAGUAUUACAGCAGUGAAGAAAGCAUUUGCAUCUCAUUUUCUCUACUCAGAAAUUAUGAUAUUUUUUCCUAUCAGGUCAGGGUAAAUGGAAAACUUUGUAGUCCAUAAGUUACUGUUUUCAUUCACAUUAAAAGACUAUGAAAUUUAAAGACAAAUUCUACUGAAAUAUGAUGAGAUUGUUCAGUAGAAUUUUACUGGUCAAAAGGUGCAUUUCUAUGAUUUAUCUUUUUUUUGAUACUAGUCAUCUUUAUGUAAAAUGUGAUAACUAUCAGGAAGCAGAGCACAAUAAUGAAUGUAUAGCUAGAAUGAACAGAGAAGUACAAUUUGAUUUUUUUGGGACAGACUGCAGAGUAUAGUUGAGCAGACAAAGAAACUGUGUUUGUGUUCCUUGAAGACAAUCAGAAUGAAUGUCUUUCUACCUCUAACUAAUCAGGUAUGGACAACUUCGCAUCAUAAAAUAAAGUCAAAUAGAUGUCUCCAUUCCAAAACAUGUUUUUUAGUCCAUUUAUAUGCUGAAGAAAUCCUGUCUGUGUGUUCAUUUUUACAUACACAAUUGAGGUACCUGAAAAAUGAGUGACCAAGAAAGAGAUAUAAGAAAAAGCAUUGUGAAAAGGGUAACUACAAAGAAAUGAGGCUGACACUGUGUGACUUCUGGAAGCAGAGGAGGGCCAGGAACUCGACCAUGACUGCAGCAGGACACCGCAUGGCCCGAAGCCCACAGCUGUGGUGAACAGAAGAGCUGAAAAUCCCAGCGAUAACACACGCACACAGAUUGGUCCACGGCAGCGGUCUCAGGCCAGGUGUGACUGGUACUUUUUCUGCAGCUCUAAGCCACUGCAGCUUGCCUGUUGAGUUUUUUGGUGCAGGCCUGUGUUUUCCUCCCGCGUCUUUGCCAUUUAUUCCUUCAGUUUUAAGUCCCCAGGGAAAAAAAAUGUAGUAGUACUUUCCCUGUCUGUUCCCGGGAAAGUGAAGGCAAGACUGGUGAGAGCCCACAGGAGUGCUGUGGAGUCUGCGAGGGAAAGCGGUGGCGUCUCUGGCCCUCCUCUCCCCUCGCAAGUGAGCCAGAGGCUUCAUUUGGGUCAUGUCCCGGGGACGUGUGACAGACAGGUGCCCUGCCACACUUGGCGGAGCGGCGAGGCCCAGUCUGUGAAGGGGGAGGAAGGAGUUUGUUCUCAGAAUUAUCGAAGUGUCGUGUCUGCCGCACUGUUACGGAUAUAAGCCUGACUGGGGGCCAGUGGUCAGACUGGGUACUGACUGGUAAUGAGGCACUUGGCUUCCUCAGGGUACUCAGUGUUUGUGGCGCGAAUGACUGAAUGGCCUUGCGGUGCGUCAGGAAGGCAGCAGUUAUUUCCUCAUUAAGUUGGAAAUGUGUUAGAUGUAUUGAGAGGUUUUAUAUGAAUAAAGUUCUUCCUCCUCUUGAAAUUU